AUGUCUGGCCUGGCUCCGUCGCUGGCCCUCAGCCUAACAGCGGCCACUUCGACUUCAACUUUUAGCGCUCGAUCCGCCCCUCCCUUCCCUCCGGCACCUUCAACCAUGGCGGGGUGGUUCAGCUGGAUCUUGACCUUUAUCUUCCAGGUCAUCCCCCGCGGCCUGUACUGGCUCAUCACCUUUACCACCAUCACCCUGCCUACAUGGCUGUUCACGUUGUUUUCCAUGAGCCUGACCUUCACCAUGAACUUCACAACUCUCAUGUUGAUCGUCCUGGCGCUCGUCUCGACCGUCAGCUGGUUCAUUCGAUACCGGUUCUUGAACAUGUAUAGCCGUCUGCCUCCUGAACCCCAACGCAAAGAAGCCCAGAUCGACCUCUUUCCCGAUAUCCAAGAAGGCGACUCGAAGCCCGGCCUCGCCAACUACCUCGAUGAAUUCCUCAGCGCCAUCAAAGUGUUUGGAUACCUGGAACGGCCCGUCUUUCACGAAUUGACGCGGACAAUGCAGACAAGGAAGCUCAUUGCGGGGGAAACACUCAUGCUGGAAGAAGAAAAAGGGUUUUGUCUUGUGGUAGACGGCUUGGUGCAAAUCUUCGUCAAGUCCACACGCGAGGGCAAGCAGGGUUCGGAGGAAACAUUGCACUUGGACGAUGCCACAUCUGAUGAGGAGGGCGACCAUUCUGACGGACGGCAAGGUUACCAGCUGCUGACCGAGGUGAAGAAUGGCGCCUCCAUGUCAUCCCUGUUCUCCAUUCUGCAGCUGUUCACGGAGGAUAUUCAUCUGCGCAAAUCUCGCAGUUCCAGCUCGAGCACGUCCAGUGCAGCAGGUCCUGCCCACAGGCAGGCUCCCGACUCUAUGCCUGUGAGCCCACGCGUCGAGAUGAUGAACAGUCCCGAAUCUACGAUAAGGGAAAAUAGUGAUGCAAACAGCGACACCACCACCACCACCACCAAUGGCCACCAUGCAGAUUCUCUGCCUGCUGUUCCCCCACUACACCUGGACGAUAGCCAUGCCACGGCCAACUACCAGGAACGCCCUGAAACGCACCAUACACAUCCCAAGAAGCGCCGCCGCAAGUCAGUGCACCCGGAUAUUGUUGCCCGAGCCACCGUAGACACUACUAUUGCGAUCAUCCCAGCCAGUGCCUUCCGCCGGCUGACUAGAGUCUACCCACGCGCCACCGCACACAUCGUACAAGUUAUCCUCACCCGCCUCCAGCGUGUGACAUUUGCUACCGCACACUCAUACCUGGGCCUGACGACCGAAGUACUCGGGAUUGAACGGCAGAUCUCCAAGUACACGACAUGGGACCUGCCCAAUGACCUCCGAGGCGGAGCUCUGGACCGAUUGAAGGACAAAUUCAUGCGGGAAAGAGACCGACUCGGCCCGGAGGAAGUGUGCAAGGGCAUUGCACUUCACAACCCCUCUGCCGGACGUAGACGACGCUCGAGCAGUUCGCUCCGAAAGGAAGCUGUUCUACAGGCGCGCAUGGCCAGCGAACGUCGACCCCCGGCGUUUGCGGCCCGCCAACCCAGUGUGUUCAAUGCCGAUAGCACCGGCGUCAGUCCCGGCGACUUGCUUUCUACCAUCCAGCUCUCUCGAUUUGGGCCUCGCGUUGAUAAUAGGUUUGCGACCCCCCUGUCGGAACGAGAGCCUGUUCUGUUCCGCAAUGCUGGUCUUGACGGCCGAACUUCGACGUUCCAACGCAAGGAAUCUGUGGAUGAAGACUCGAUCUUCCGUGAAUGCAUAUUGGAUUGCAUGAUGCAGGGAAUUGGAUUGACUGAAAGCACUCGUGAUACUUUGCGCCAAGGCAGUCAGGUUUCUGGCGAUGCAUCUCCACGACUACUCUCUUACGACUCUCGUCGACAAAAGGCCGUCUUCUCUAAUGCUUUCGGCUUUAUCGAUCCGUACGAAGGAUCUGGAGAUGGGGAGACCGAGUCGAUGAUGUCUAUGUCGGUGACCAGUGCCGGUGGCACAUCGCCAGUUGUCAAUCUCCGUGAAGAGCUCCGUCAUGAUAUCGAGGUCGUGUACUUUCCCAAGGGCUCCGUGCUCGUGGAACAGGGAGAACGUCCACCGGGCUUGUACUAUGUCAUUGACGGCUUUUUGGACGUGGGUAUCCCGGUGGAUGAGCGAGGCGAGGAUCUUGUCGGCUCUUCUCGUCCUGCUGGUUCUCAGUCCCAAGAGGAGCUGUUCCCGAAGCUGAGACGCAGCACCACCGGGUCUUCACGAACCCCGGGUACUCCAGGAAGCAGCGAGUCGCGGCGCAAGGGUCAAUCACGCAAGUCUCUGUACCUGAUCAAGCCAGGCGGCAUGCAGGGGUACAUCGGGGCCCUUGCUUCUUAUCGCUCCUACACUGAUGUCGUCGCCAAGACGGAUGUCUAUGUCGGCUUCCUUCCUCGGGGGUCGCUCGAACGGAUUGCAGACAGAUAUCCCAUUGCGCUACUGACUCUGGCGAAGAGACUAACCAGCCUCCUUCCGCGUCUGCUGCUCCAUAUUGACUUUGCUCUUGAGUGGGUGCAAGUGGGCGCCGGACAAGUGAUCUACCACCAAGGAGACGAGAGCGAUGCCAUCUAUCUCGUCCUCAAUGGCCGUUUGAGAUCUGUACUGGAGAGCCAGAACGGAAAGAUGACUGUCAUCGGCGAAUACGGACAAGGCGAGAGUGUUGGUGAGCUCGAGGUCAUGACUGAAUCGACACGACCGGCCACUUUGCAUGCUAUUCGAGAUACGGAAUUGGCCAAGUUCCCACGCUCCCUGUUCAACAGUCUCGCGCAAGAGCACCCUGGGAUCACGAUUCAAGUGUCGAAGCUAAUUGCCCAGCGAAUGCGUGACUUGGUCGAACAUCCCCUCUCCGAAAAGGGUAUUGAACAAGGCCGUGUUGGUGGUGUCCAGACUGCCACUUCCACUGUCAAUCUUCGCACAGUUGCAAUUCUCCCGGUCACUGCGGGCGUUCCUGUCGUGGAAUUCGGACAUCGUCUGCUGAAUGCCUUGCAUCAGAUUGGCGUGAGCCGGGGCGUAACAUCCCUGAACCAGGCUGCUAUCCUGAACCAUCUUGGUCGACACGCUUUCAGCAAGAUGGGUAAACUAAAACUAUCGCAAUACCUCGCUGACCUGGAAGAGAAAUAUGGUCUCGUGCUAUACAUCGCCGAUACCAACGUCAACGCGCCCUGGACACAAACGUGCAUCACACAAGCCGACUCCAUCCUCCUGGUCGGCCUUGCCGAGGCGUCUCCCCGAAUCGGCGAAUACGAGAGAUUCCUGCUCGGAAUGAAGACUACUGCGCGCAAGGAACUCGUUCUUCUGCACGCAGAACGAUAUUGUGCCCCUGGUUUAACACGACGUUGGCUUAAGAAUCGCGUCUGGAUCAACGGGGGGCAUCAUCAUAUUCAGAUGGCUUUCCGUCUCACGACUGAACCAUCGCACCCACAGACCAAGAAAUUCGGUACUGUACUCAAACAGCGAGUGCAGAUUCUACAAGCUGAAAUUCAAAAGUAUACGUCGAGGCGCAUCCAACAGACCCCGCUUUACUCGCCUCAGACCCCCUUCAAAGGGGACUUUCACCGUCUAGCUCGUCGUCUUUGCGGAAAGUCUGUUGGUCUUGUCCUUGGUGGUGGUGGGGCUCGAGGUAUCUCUCAUGUCGGCGUGAUCAAGGCUCUGGAGGAAGCCGGUAUUCCUAUCGAUAUCAUCGGCGGUACCUCGAUCGGCUCCUUCAUCGGUGCUCUCUACGCCCGCGACGCUGACGUUGUCCCCAUGUACGGCCGCGCGAAGAAAUUCUCCGGCCGAAUGGGCAGCAUGUGGCGCUUCGCUUUGGAUAUCACCUACCCAACCGUCUCGUACACGACCGGGCACGAAUUUAACCGCGGAAUCUUCAAGACCUUCGGUGACAGCCAAAUCGAAGACUUCUGGCUCGAAUUCUACUGCAACACGACCAACAUCUCCCGCUCCAGACCCGAAUACCACUCCUCCGGCUACGUCUGGCGCUACGUCCGGGCCUCAAUGUCUCUCGCCGGCCUCAUUCCCCCAAUCUGCGACGAGGGAAGCAUGCUCCUGGACGGCGGUUACAUCGACAACCUUACAGUCGCACACAUGAAGAGUCUCGGCGCAGACGUGAUUUUCGCCGUGGACGUCGGCUCCAUUGACGAUAACACGCCCCAGGGAUACGGUGAUUCACUCUCUGGUUUCUGGUCUGUGCUUAAUAGGUGGAAUCCCUUCUCAUCUGUUCCCAACCCGCCAACCCUGUCCGAAAUCCAGGCGAGACUUGCCUACGUCUCGUCCAUCGAGAACUUGGAGCGUGCGAAGAAUACCUCCGGGUGCAUGUAUAUGCGCCCGCCGAUUGAUCCGUACGGAACUCUGGAUUUUGGCAAAUUCGAUGAGAUUUAUCAGCUAGGUUAUGCGUAUGGGAAGGAGUUCUUGGAUCGUCUGAAGAAUGAGGGGACGCUACCUAUUCAUGAGGAGACGGAGGAGAAGAGGAAGUUGCAGAGGACAAUGGCGCCUAGACGGGCCAGUAUUUGA